AUGAAAGGUUUGGCAGAUACGGCAGAGUGGGGUGUGGGGCAUCCCCAGAAGAGGAGGUGGCCUGAGCACGGGCUUGGAAGUGGGAAAGAAGAGACACGGGAUAAACCCAGAGCAGCUGAAAUGAGGCUCCAACUGGCCAAGGAAAGAUAUCUUGGGACAGUAAGCAUAGACACCUCCAGCUUGAGAAGGGCAGAUCCGAAAGGCCGGAGUGCACUGUUGGCUGAUAUCCAGCAAGGAACUCGCCUGCGCAAAGUCACGCAGAUCAACGACCGCAGUGCCCCGCAGAUCGAGAAUUCUAAAGGAACCAACAAAGAAGGAGGAGGUUCUGCAAACACACGAGGCGCGAGCACACCUCCCACCCUGGGAGAUCUGUUUGCUGGUGGCUUUCCUGUACUGCGACCAGCAGGCCAGCGGGAUGUAGCAGGUGGCAAGACAGGGCAGGGUCCUGGCUCCCGCGCGCCCUCUCCCAGGCUUCCCAACAAAACCAUCAGCGGCCCGCUUAUCCCGCCUGCCUCUCCCAGGCUAGGCAAUACCUCCGAGGCGCAUGGCGCUGCCAGGACAGCCCCACCUCGCCCUAACGUGCCUGCCCCGCCCCCUCCCACCCCACCCCCUCCGCCUCCACCCUUGCCCCCGCCCCUUCCCUCUUCCUCCCCCAUCAAAACUCCGCUUGUGUCCCCACCUGGCCCACUGACCAAAGGGAACCUCCCUGUGGUUGCACCCCCUGUCCCCUGUGCGCCACCACCUCCACCUCCGCCACCUCCCCCAACGCCACCCCCGCUGCCCCCGGCCUCGGUUCUUAGUGAUAAGGCAGUGAAGCCUCAGCUAGCUCCCUUGCACCUCCCGCCCAUCCCGCCCCCGCUCCCUCUCCUCCCACCCUGUGGGUAUCCCGGGCUCAAAGCGGAGCCCGUCAGCCCUGCGCAAGAAGUGCAGGAGCCUCCCGCCCCGCCGCCCCCGCCGCCUCCGCUCCCCACUUAUGCUUCGUGCUCCCCGAGGGCUUCUUUGCCCGCGCCCCCUUUGCCAGGAGCUAAUAACAGCAGUGAAACCCCACCCCCGCUACCCCCUAAAUCCCCCAGCUUCCAGGCCCCACCGCAGAAGGCCAGUGCGCAGGCCUUGCCCGCCCCUCCUGCCCCUCCGGGCUCCCAGCCGUUCCUGCAGAAGAAGAGGCAUGGCCGACCAGGGGCCGGUGGGGGAAAGCUAAAUCCACCUCCAGCACCCCCUGCGAGAUCACCCACCACAGAGCUUUCAAGCAAGAGCCAGCAGGCCACAGCCUGGACCCCAACACAGCAGCCUGGAGGUCAGCUGCGAAAUGGAAGCCUGCACAUCAUUGAUGACUUUGAGUCUAAAUUCACGUUCCAUUCUGUGGAAGACUUUCCCCCUCCGGAUGAAUAUAAACCAUGCCAGAAGAUUUACCCCAGCAAGAUCCCCAGAAGCCGUACACCUGGUCCCUGGCUCCAAGCGGAGGCAGUUGGGCAGAGCUCUGAUGACAUCAAAGGCAGAAAUUCUCAGGGAAAGCCAUUUGGUGGACCUUUUUUCAAGCCAGAAUGAAACACUCAACAUUUCAAAAUCUGAAGUGUGACAAAAGGGGGCUUCCCUGGAAUCACCACUACAUAUAGAAGCAAGUUUAGCAACUCUGACAUUCUUCAACAGUCAUGCCAAUCACUUUCCAUUCUUCCUUGGUUAUGAUGGCCUGUGAGAAAAACUGAGUAACAUGUAUAAAACAUAAUUCAGUAUUCUCUCUCAUCUAUAGAAUACAUGGUUUCUUUUAGCACACUUGGAGAUUUUUUUUUUCCCCACCAAUGUUAUAAUUGAUUUUGGCCAAAUUUAGUCACAAUUCAAGUACUAGUACCUACAAGAAAUGAACAGAACUAGACGGGAAGCCAGACAGCUGCUUUUGUGAUAAGACAGUCCUUGAAGAAACACCUUUAGUCUCACCCAGGGCAUCUUGAACAGAAGUAUUUCCUAACCUGGACACAACGUUUCCCUGCACGUGACAGGGUCUCAUCUCUAAAAGCCCUUUGUUUCUUUGAAAACAUGUAUUCAGUCGAACAAUAGUCUCCCCAUUUCUGAAUAGUAUGUGACAGACUACAAAGUCACUUGCAGUUAAACCAGGCAAUUCUGCAACUGUGUGGAACAUCAAGGAAAGUGACCUGAGAAGUAAGAGGCUAGGUUCCUGGAAGCUAGGAUGAGUUCCUCAGAGGAAAAAGUACAUCCCCUAGCAGAUAAGCAUCCCCCUUUUCUAACCACAGCUGAUGCAAGAAUUGCAGUAAUGAUUCUUAGAUGAUCACAGGUUCAAAACUGUGUGUAUGAUUGUAGUUAAGAAAGAAGUGUAUAUACAUAGGAAAAAAGACAGGAAGAAUAUACACAAUAUUGUUAACAGGUAGAGAGAAUUCUGAGAAGAUGGCAGAGGAGAAAGCACCAGGAAUCUGUGGACAACAAUUGCAUUGGCAGAAUCUGUCUGAUGUAAUUUGUCUGAUGUAUUUUGGAACUCUGGGAUUCAUUAAAGGCUUGCAACUUCCAGGGGAAAGCUUGGACAGUAAAUUGUGCUCUUAGUACAAUAGUAACUACUCAUCCUCCACCUCCCACCCCAUGGCAGGCAACUGGGCACGUGUUCCUGGAGCAGCUUGCACACAGCUUGCAGGAGCCAAGGUGGGCACAAAAAAAAAAACAAACCCUGUCCUCCAGAUACUGGGGAAUCUGUUCUCUGAUUGCUUAUUGCUGCUUCUGAUCACAGAGGUACAAAUAAAGAGAUGGGCAGCCA